AGUAGGAAGAGGAGGAGGACACUGUUUCUUGUGUUGCUCAGUGAUUUCGGCGCCGGCAUCACACAAAGCGUACAAUGGCCGGAACUCAAGCCGCAGCCUCCUGUCUUGGCCCCAAUCUGGGCAUCACAGCUCAAUGGAUGGCAGCGCCGAUUAGUGGCGUCUGUGUCUCUGCCACCAUAUGGUCUCUGCUUUUUGGAAUAGUCCAGGUCUUGCCCAUCUUCAAGGGGCGCACAUUCGGUUAUAAGACGCGGGUGGUCGCAAUCUUCCACGCAUUCACCACUAUGACCCUCGCCUACCGCCUAUCCUUCAUGUGCCGGCCUUUGGAAAUCGGAGGGAUUAAUACGCCUGGGCAGGACAUCGUAGUAAACGUGGCAGGAGGCUUCUUCCUUUACGAUCUGAUCUCUUGGAUCAUCUACGGCUACGUUAUUGCAAAAUAUGAUUGGAUGCAGCUCUUCCACCACGCCUCAUGUCUCGUGGGGUCGUGGGCAUGCUGGUCCUCGGGCCGCUCCGGCGCCGAUGUGACUUUCGCGCUCUUUGUAGCGGAGCUGGCGAACCCCUUCAUGUAUCUGCGCUACUUGUUGCGGGAAGUCGGGUGGAAGGAUACGACCCUGGCACGCACGAACCAGGCCAUCUUCGCCCUUGCCAUGACGCUGACCAUCCCCAUCCUAGCGCCUAUCCUCGCCUGCGUCAUCCUGAUGGAGCCCAAAUCCCACCCCCUGCACCAAGCCGCAGCCGUGGGUCUGGUCGUUGUGAACAUGAUGUGGUUCUUCAAGUUCAUGACCAAGUACUGGGCGGCGGCGCAGACGGGGCCCCUCAAGACGGGUCGAAAAGCCUCGCCGAGGAAAGGAAGCGCUGCCUUGGGAGGAGAAAUAGGGGGCUUGAUCAUGAGCCCUUCAGGUGCGGGGGCUUCGGAGCUGAAGGAGGAUUAGAGGCUUGGAAUGAGAACAGAGACUGGAAGAGGGGGGUUAUGGGACAAGAGGAAUAGAGGAGCUCGAAUAAAAGAUAGCUGGUGUUAAAAGGAUAGCUGGUGUUCACAAUGUGACUUAUUUUUGGUGAAAAUAGGCUGGUGAAUGGUCGGAUGAUGUUCUGCUAAGGAUUAUGAACGGCUGGGCAUCCGCAAGCUGGCGAGAAAGGAGAUUUUCUUUGUGGAGUAGAAUGACGGCGUGUAGACUUCGAUGACGCCUCCCUCUCUCGGGAAGAAAAGGAUGCGUGUAUAGGGAUAAAACGCCACUAAACGUGGCUUGAGAAUGGCAAGUAUAGAUGAAAACAAGCAAUCGUUUCAAUAGGACAACGAACAUGAUGCUGACAAGAGCCUGGGGAUGGAUCAUGCGAACUUGUUGGA